UCUUCAGUGCGCAUUUGCUCGACGCCAUUUCGUGCACUCGUCUGGUCGGUGUCUACUGAACGAGCUGGUACGGACUGUAUCCACAAAACAGUACAGCACCGAAUUUUAAUCAUUUUUAGUCUUAAACUCCCGUUUUUGAGGCAGCUUUUUUGACCCUCGUCAAUCCAAUCAGGCAGACAGACGACUCGACCUGAAUUACAGACAAAAUGGAACAUUCCCCCACAACCAGCAGCCUGAUGGCCAGUAACGUCACCAACAAGACGGACCCGCGCUCGCUGAACUCCCGGGUCUUCAUCGGGAAUCUCAACACCAUGCUGGUGACCAAGGCUGAUGUGGAGGCCAUCUUCAGUAAGUACGGGAAGAUCGUGGGCUGCUCCGUCCACAAAGGCUUCGCGUUCGUCCAAUACGCCAAUGAGAGGAACGCCAGAGCGGCGGUCAGCGGAGAAGACGGGAGGAUGAUCGUCGGACAGGUGCUCGAUAUUAAUCUGGCCGGUGAGCCAAAACCCCAUCGGUCAAAGACUAUUAAACGUUCUGCUGGAGAUAUGUACAGUUCCUCGUUUGAUCUGGACUAUGACUUUCAGAGAGAUUACUAUGACAGGAUGUACUCGUACCCGUCACGCGUCCCGCCGCCUCCCCCUCCCCCGCUGUCGCGAGCGGUGAUCCCGUCCAAGCGCGCGCGGGUGAGCGUCAGCGGCGGCAGUCGCAGGACCAAGAGCAGCUUCUCCUCCAAGAGCAGCCAGCGCACCUCACGCACCAUGAAAACUGAUGAUCUACAAACCAUUAAGAAGGAACUGACUCAGAUUAAACACAAAGUGGACUAUCUGCUGGAGAGCCUGGAGCGCAUGGAGAGAGACCACAGCAAGAAAUCAGAUGUGAAGGGUGUUAAACCAGAGGAGGUGUCGCCACAGCACUCCAGCGGGAAGAAGGAGCGCGAGAGCACGGAUUUGAACGACUACGAGGAUGAAGGAGACCUGCUGGAGGAAGAGGAGAUCAAGAGUCGAGGAAGGGAGGAUGAUGAGGAGGAGGAAGAGGAGGGUGAGCAGGAGGAAGGAGAGGACGAUGGAGACAGCGCCAACGGAGACGACUCUUAAACGCCACAGACACGCGGGCAUGCAUGUAGAGUAGAUCCUCUGACCCUUAAUGCACAGCUGAAGUUUCAUUUCACAAGUCCUGAACCAUUUCCCAGAUUUCCACAGCUUGAUAACGGACACUUUUAGACUGACCCGUCGCACGAUUGACCCCUGCGUUAAAGAACAGCCGGAUGGGAAGGGUCGAUCUCCAACGUUGACAUUAACGCACAAGUUUGCAGCAAACUUACUAAGUCACGCUGUUUUAAGACUGGCGUCCUGAAAGCUCGGUGUGUGUGUGUGAGGUUUGGAGGAGGAGCUAAUGAGCUAGAUGUUUUAUGAUUGGAUUUUUAACAGGUUGUCUGAAGGGUAGAGCAAAAAAAAAAAAAUAGUUUUGUUAAAUAAACUGCUUAGUUUGUCAAUAGAAAUCAACUAAUGUUGGGAUACUUGGUGGGAGAGUGCUUUAAUUGAUCGGGCCAAUCAGAAUGCAUCACAUGUAGAUAUUAGAGAUCUUAAAGAGACACUAACGUGCAUUUUGUACCUCAUCAAUUGGUUUGCGCUAACCGUAUUCUGCCAGUACAAACUAAUUGGAUUGUCAAACCUCAAACAAUUGCGUUCCCUCUUCAGACACGUUCAGGUUUGUAGUUUUUAAAGUCUUCGACCACUGCGUUAGUUGGUGACGAGAACGGCCAUUCACAUUUUAAACCAGCCUGUGCAGAAAGAUAUUGCGUUUAGAUGCCCAAGAACGUCUGUCUUCGUUCUCGAUGCUCUUUAUGGUUCUUGUGGUUGUGAAACCCUUCUGGGCAGAUCCGAAAAAGCACCGUUCAUCGCAGUCCUCUUUCACACACACACUUAGACAAUCAUUAGAUUGGUUUGGCUACUAUUAGUUUCAGUUGACUCUCCUGAAGCUCUUGUGUGUGUAAGCUCAAUAAUGUUCCCUCAUUUUGGGAGUAAAUGUAUUACUCUUGCCGACCAGUGGGCGGCAGUGUGGCCCAGUUCUGUUAUUUAACCUCUCUGACAUACUGUAUGAUUGAAGGAAACCUUUUUAUAUUCCAUAAGGGGUCACUGAGUGCGUGAGAACACGUUUGGAUUGUACAGUCGAUGUAAUUUUAUCUAUUGGUUUGUGUUUGUGUACUGUGACACUAAGGUGAGUUUGCGUCUGAUGAAGACCAGAUGUGUUUGCAGCUGUUUUGUUUUCUUCAUUUGUCCUGUUCGUCUUUUGUUUGGUCUGUGUAUUAAGUUUCAAUAAAACUACAAAUGUUCAUGA